AUGGACCACCUUCCAUUUGUUGGAUCCAACCAUCGACGAACAUGCUGGACCUUCGCAUGCUCUUACGGCGGCGAGCGAGACUGCAUGGACUUCGAGGGAGACAAUUUAAUUCUAGAAGGGGACCAGACCGGUGAUUUCACAGCCAACGAAUUGACCAACCACACGCUGUGGAGUAUUUUGCAAGCAAAUCUUUUGCCACCUAUCCCAACGUGCCCUGGCGGAAUCGUUUCGACGGACGUCGUAGCUCCUCAGCUUGAACCCGCUUCAAAGCAGCAAACGAGCUACCUUUCGACGCUCUCCAAUUCGUCGACCACUAUGCAAACUGUCGUCAAGAUUUCCGCAGUGCUCGCGAUUGCCAUGAUGGCAUGCGCGAAGCCUGUCCCUCAGCUCGGGCUUGGAGGGAUAGUCGACCCAGUUCUGGGGACCGUCGGCACUGUUACUGACGGUGUCUCCGACGUCGUUUCUUCGGUCGGCGACGCGGCUGGAUCUGUUGUCUCUUCCCUCCCAAGUGUUGUUGAUGGUGUCACCGACACAGUUGGCGGCAUUGUCGGUGGUGUAGGGUAA